AUGACUAGUGUCGCUGGCAGCCGGUGUGGGUCGUUUCCACCCCCACCCCCAGACCCCGGAUCCGACCAUGGUGCCGGGCUGAACGACAUGCCUAGACUGGGCAUCGGCGCUGAGGAAGGCGCUGGGCUGGUCGCCGUGUCUGGACUGGACACAGGCGCAGAGGAAGACUCCGACCUUGGAGCGGAACUGGACUCUGUGCCUGGACUGGCCACCGGCACAGAGGAAGGCUCAGACCUUGGAGCUGGACUGGACGCUGGAUUCAGCACCAUUGGAGUGGACAGCGACAUCAUCUGCAUUCUGAAGUUCAGCACCACGACCGUCUGGUUCUACUGGGACCUGAUAAUGCUGUUCCUCAUGGUGGGGAACCUCAUCAUCAUCCCUGUGGGCAUCACCUUCUUCAAGGACGAGCACACUCCCCCCUGGAUCGUCUUCAACGUCAUAUCAGACACCUUGUUCCUCAUCGACCUGGUCCUCAACUUCCGGACGGGCAUCGUCAAGGAGGACAACACAGAGAUCAUCCUGGACCCACAGACCAUCAAGAUCAAAUAUCUGAAGAGCUGGUUCAUGGUGGACUUCAUCUCGUCCAUACCAGUAGAUUACAUCUUCCUCAUCGUGGAGACCAGGAUCGACUCAGACUUCUACAAGACGGCCCGGGCGCUGAGAAUCGUGCGGUUUACGAAGAUCUUGAGUUUGUUGAGGUUGCUCCGGCUGUCUAGGCUCAUCAGAUAUAUACAUCAGUGGGAAGAGGUGAGUGAGACUUGGAGUAGGUAG